GAAUCCCCCAAAGUUUUCGCUACAACGAUUUAGUUAAAUUGAAAGCAGUUUUAGUGUUAAGAUUUACUUACUUAGAAAACCUCUUGGCUUAAAUAAAAUACACAAUACAAAGUGAUGAAAUGUUAGCGGAUCACACACAGCAUGCUCAGUACAUCAUCCAGCGUGCGGAACAAUGUGAAGUAAGAAAGAAGUCGCUCCCAUCCUCAUCUAAGUGGAGAUCGAUCCACAGCCAACUUCACGAUGUCUUUGUGGAAGAAGAGGAAGAUGAUGAUGGUGAGGAACCGAUAACCAAGAGAGCUUGUUUCUCACAUAACACACUUGAAACUCUGUGCACAAAAGAUAAAAGUUUGAAUCGAUUAAUUGUGAACCUAUUUCCUCUUGAUGGUGGUUAUUCUGUUAUGCUACGUGGUGGUAACGGACAAUAUGUGGAGACUAUUCAACUUCCAUACACUGAGUAUGAUGUGCUUGACUACAUUGAUAAUGAAGAGAUACCCCCACUACUCAUGAAAACUUUCGAAAAUUUGGAAAAGAAUAUUUUCUAUUCUGGUUGUGUAAUAACGGAGAUUCGAGAUUAUAGAAUUGCUGCCGGACCUCAUGCUUUUCAAACAAAGUUUGUCCUUCUGCGGCCCACCCAGCAGACACUGCUGAGUGAUGCCAAUAACAUUGUGAAUGAAACUUCAAAAUCUUUCCGAUGGACAGCAGAAGAUAGAUUAUCUUUGGAGAGCUAUCUGACAUUAGGAACAACUGAACCACUCUGUCUUGAUCCUUCUCCCUCUGUUGGUAUUGUUAAAAACAUUCUGCAAGCUCGAAAUAAAUUCUUCAAAACAAGACCUUUUCAACAGUGUGUACGACGCAAUGGUUUGUUAGGUUUAAAAAGAAGAAAGGUGCAGAGUACAAGACCAGCACCUGAGUCACUGAAACUUUUUGAUUUCAUGAAAAAACUUCGAUCUUCAAGAAAAAGUCCUCCUGCUACUGAUAUAAGGCUGCCUAAGAACAUUGUAGAUACCUGGAGGAAAGUUCCAUUUGACCUUGAUCCACCAAACAGUGAGAUAGAAGUUGGAAAUUAUGCAAAAGCUCUCACUCCCCGUCCACCUUCUAUCACAGACUCUGACUUGCUUGAGGUGCAGCAAGUCCAUUUGAAAUCUGAAGGUGCAAAUCGUGAUGUUUAUUCACUUAUUAAAAUAUUACAACGUCCUUCUGAUAUGCAUUACUUUGGCAAGUUGCAGUCCAAUAAAUAUAUACAAGGGGAAACUGGAAGGGACAUUUCUAACAGUUGCAGAUUCUCGCUUGGCACCGAACACAGGGCAAACUUAUACAUUCUCCAAUACCAGGAAUUAUUUGCUGAGGAUGGUAGAAGACCUGCUACUGUUACUGUGAGUCGCCCACUGCAGCAAAACACAGCCAAGUACCAGAUCCCAUUACAGCAACAACCCUGGCAGCUUGAGCAAGAUAAAUCAUUGUACUCAGUUGGUUCCAUUAACAAUAUACCUGCAAAACAUUGGCACAAACUGAAAGUGAAUGACAACAUUGCGAAGCCAGCACCUAUCCAACCUCUACCUAUUAAUCCUCAACGAAUCACAACCUUCCCUGCACAAGCCCCACCCACUGCUUCAACCAAUCAGCAGCCAGUAAUCACCACGCCCACUUUGAACACCAUUACCCUACAGCCUUCUUCACAGAGUUCCUUUAUGUUCCCGUUGCCCCGGCAAGUAACCCACCAACAAACCCCAACAAUAUCGGCCCCAUCCCCCGUACCCCUGCAAAGCCCCAUACCCGGUACCCGAGUAGUGGGUCAACGCCUCAGCUCGCUGAACGGCGAAACUUUCAACCUGCUAACUGGCGCUGACGGUGGUGUGUAUCAGAUCAAGGAAGCAGGUCCUUCCAGUGGAAAACGAAGUCGGCAAAAUUCUCAAGAUGUUUUCAAUUUCACCACACAGUCCGGAUUUACUACAGGCCAACAGCAACUUACAUUCAACAACAACCAACGAUCGGGGACUCCCCUGAUCACCCCCACACCCCAGGAAUCAUCAAGUCCCGCCCCCAACAAUAAUUUGAUCCAAAACUUUGAUCAACUUAUGAGCAUGCAGAACACUUUAAACCAAGGUGGAUCUGUCAGUGUACAACUUCCAUUGAGCAUGGCACUUAACACACAGCAACAACAAGUAGUAGGGCAGGUAAGGUUACAGAAACCACCUCAGCAGCAGCAAAACACAAUCAUAAGAAUGCCGGUGUCAAUCGCAAGUGGUCCACCCACUACUACAACACAUCAAGUUGCUAUCAAUAUAUUAGGCGGAGGAAGAAACGUGAUCUCCCAACAACCUCCCACCAUACUAGGCAACAUCCAGUUAUCGGGAUCCAGAUUACCCGGUGGUACGCUCACUAUACCUGCUUCACAACUACCACCUGCGCUAGCUGCACAAAUAGCUGCUCAGUUAAACCAAGAUAAACCACAAACAUCCAAGAUGACGGAACAACAUUUCACCGUGGCUACCAGUGAUGUUUCAUCCACUCCUAUAACCAUACUCACCAACAAUAACAACAAUGUGCAAGGUCAAAUAGGUCAAGUUCGGGCUGUCACCAGCAAUCGCAUCCAACAGCAAAUGACUCAACAAUCAGACAACAAAGGAGGAACUAUCACGUUUAAUGUGCGAGGAACGAACGCUCAACAACCCGUGCAACUUUUGCAAGUGUCAGGCGCGAACACAAUACAGCAGCUUCCAAUACGAGCUGGGCAACAACUGGUUCUGAACACGGUUCGUUCGUCGCCCAUUGAACAGUCGUCAUCACCACAGAUGGCUUUGGCGCAGCACCUUCAACAAUUAGCGUCUGGAAACGGAGGCAACUCCAACCCCAAGCCAGUGCGAAGUCGUAAGCGAAAAUCGACGCCCGAUCAAAAGUAGCAAACAUAUCAGUUGUAUUGCCAAGCUGCUAUUGCUUCGCUAUAAGCAAGUUGCUUGUGAGAUAUUUCGUCAGCUGAAUUUAGUAGAAAUAGAUUGGUGCUGCGGUAAAAAUGUAUUUAAUGCCAACCACAAUGCCAGUCUCCACGUGUAUCAUUUGCGGGUGCAUUAGUUUAAUGCUAGUAAAUUUACGUAUCGAAAGCUAUUGUUUUGUAUUGUCUAAAUUUUACGUAGUGUUGCUCAUGUUUCAAUAGAUAUGGUUUACUCUACAAGCUGUCGUAUGAAGUUUUGUUUGUUGUAUUCACUUACCGUUGUCGGAUUAUCCAGUGUUUUCAAUCUUCGUCGUUGUUUCUCGGAGUUAAACCGGCGCCUGGCUGCAGUGUGUCGUACGUGGGUCUGACGUGCGCCACUACUCAGCCCUACUCCACCAAUUUGUUAACAUGCAUGUACACAAGUACUUAGACACUGAGGAACGUUCUUGGAAAUUUAAUUGCGGUUUCUGUCGCAGAAUUAUCCUGUAAUCGUGAGCGGUGUGUGAAGCGAUUUCAAUUUGCUCCCUCUCGCGCAUUUGUGUUGUUUUAACAUAUGUAGUUUUCAAACUGUUUGUUACAUAGUAGAGUGGGGAAAGACGGGAAACUUUUUCAUUCUAUUUUAUCGUCACAUUUUGUAGUAAACAAAGAACAUUCAAAGAAUUAUAAAACCGUAUUCUCACGACUUACAAACCGUAGUUUAUUGUUUAAAAUACGAUCAGGAUGUUUGAAUAUUAUGUGCUAAAAGUGUCCCGCCUUCCCCCACCCUACUAUACACUAUUGCGAAUUCUCUAUCUAUUCUGUUAUGGACAAAUGUAUUAUCAUAAAAAUGAAUACAGACAACGCCUAUCAAAGUU